GACAAUCAAGUGGCUACACAUAAUCCUCCUGAAAACAUAAUUCGCCCCAACAGUAAAAAAGAAAAUCUAUUUUGCAGGACUAUAACGUUGUUUGGCAUUGUGGAACAAUUAAGUGCAUGUUCCUCCCAAGUCUAGAGGAUGUUUUGUCUGGAUCUCAUUACAUUUCAAAAUGCAAAAUAUGAUUUCUUUUAAUUUUGGGGUGAAUUGUGGCAAUACAAUUUCCCAAAACUCAUGCUGUAUUUGAAAAAAAGGGCCUUUGAAAUAAAGCAGGUGUGCAUGCGGGAAUCAAAUUAAAGCUGUGAGGGAAACGCAUGGUUCCGUCGGUGAGCAGCAUGCGGUCUCAAUUAGCCUCAGUUAUAAAACAAUUUCGUUAUAAACAAAUGCAGAAGGUGAAGAAAAAAUGAGUUUUGAUUCAGUAAAAGUGGUGCCAAAAAUCACAAAGUGCCCAAGGAGGGAUUGUGUUUUCAGUCAGAGGAAACAGGUGAGCAGGAAGUGGAGUCCAAUAGAGGGAAGAUUUCACUCUGUGUGUGUGUUUGUGUGUGCAGGAGAGAAACAGCCAGUUUGUAGGACUGCAGCGCUCAAACUGAACACGCUACAAAGAAGAGCCAUCUCAGGCGCCACAUGCAUGCAGAUGACGUCUGGGAGCAGUUCUGAACUACAUCUCACUGAGAACCAUCAGCAGUCGCAGCUUCGACGGCCUGAAAGGAGUCAAACGCAUGUUUUUUGUUCCAGUGAAAUCGCCCAGAGCACCUCGUUGGAAUCCAUAGAGACAGAAGCCUUCAACAACCUUCUGAAUGUCUCUGAAAUCUCAAUCCAGAACACACGGAGCCUGAUUCACAUCCAUCAGAUGGCGUUCAAUCACCUGCCCAAGCUAAGAUAUCUGAGCAUUUCCAACACGGGCAUCACUGUUUUUCCUGAUCUGACCUCCAUCUUCUCUCUGGAGUCUCAUUUCAUACUGGAUAUUUGUGAUAAUCUCCACCUCCGUUCAAUCCCAGCAAACGCUUUCAUCGGAAUGACAAGUGAAUACACAACAAUGAAUCUCUUUAACAAUGGAUUUAGGGAAAUUGAGAGCCAUGCCUUCAACGGAACCAGCAUAGAUAAGCUGGUAUUAAAAAACAACAAAGAUCUUCGUGUCAUCCACGAGGACGCUUUCAAAAUAGCGUUUGGUCCUACUGUACUUGACGUGUCCUUCACGCCGUUGGAGACGCUGCCCUCUUAUGGUCUAGAAGACGUGCUGAUGCUGGUGGCCCGUUCAGCGCUCGCCCUGAAGAGGUUGCCUCCGCUGAAGGGGUUAAAGAGCUUGAGAGAAGCGCACCUGACGUAUCCCAGUCACUGCUGCGCGCUGCUCAGCUGGGACUCCAACAGGGAGGGGUCUGUUAUUGCUGGAUCGAGAAAUGGAUCUUCAAACUGUGGUGACCACAAUCCAUCAGCUAGGAGUUCGUCUGACACCGUGUCUGAUGGCUUCGUAAUGGUGGACGAUCCGCUUCCAUCUGACGUGGCUGGAUCCGUAUCGGCUGAGGAGACUUUUGGAAGCGUGGACUUUCAUUACCCAGAACUAGACUUGUGUCAGCGCAGACCGCCCCUCCAGUGCAGCCCCGAGGCGGACGCCUUCAACCCCUGCGAGGACAUCGCUGGUUUCGGGUUCUUGAGGGUGGCCAUUUGGUUCAUCAAUGUCUUGGCCAUUGCGGGCAACCUGACAGUGUUGCUCGUGAUUUUUACGAGUCGCUGCAAGCUGACCGUCCCGAGGUUCCUCAUGUGUCACCUGGCCUUCGCUGACCUCUGCAUCGGCGUGUAUCUCCUCAUGAUCGCCGCCGUGGACCUCAGCACCCGCGGGCACUACAGUCAACAUGCCAUCGAGUGGCAGACGGGAAUGGGGUGUGGCAUCGCCGGGUUCCUGUCGGUGUUCGGUGCCGAGCUGUCCGUGUACACGCUGUCCUCCAUUACCGUGGAGCGCUGGCACACCAUAACUCACGCUCUGAGGCUGGAGAGACGCUUGGGCCUGAGUCACGCUUCGGUUAUCAUGGUGGUCGGAUGGCUGCUCUGUCUCGUUAUGGCGCUGCUUCCCCUGAUGGGUGUAAGCAGCUACAAGAAAGUCAGCAUGUGUUUGCCGAUGGACAUCGAGACACCUUUAUCCCAGGCCUACGUCAUACUCCUGCUACUCUUCAAUGUGGGAGCUUUCCUGGUGAUUUGCAGCUGCUACGUGUGCAUUUACUCCGCCGUGCGCAACCCGGAGUUCCCCGGUCGUGCCGCCGACGCCAAGAUCGCCAAACGCAUGGCAGUGCUCAUCUUCACUGACUUUCUGUGCAUGGCGCCAAUCUCAUUUUUCGCCAUCUCAGCCGCCUUCAAGCUCCCUCUCAUCACCGUGACCAACUCCAAGAUCCUCCUGGUGCUCUUCUACCCCAUCAACUCCUGCGCCAACCCAUUCCUCUAUGCCAUUUUCACCAGGGCGUUCAGGAAAGACGCCUGUAUUCUCCUGAGUUCCAUGGGCUGCUGUGAGAGCAAAGCUAGCUUGUACCGGAUGAAGGCGUACUGCUCGGAGAACAUUAACAGAAGCAAAAGCAGUUCUGGAUCCAACACCAAAGCCCCUCGAGCUGUCGUGUGGAUGUCCACGUUCCCUCAUCUGGCACCGCGAUCCCAGCUGCAAUGAGUCUAGAACAAACGGUAUACAAACAUUUCUUGCGACCAACGCAAGGUCAUGACUCAUAAUUUACAGUUGCAUUAUAUCUUUAUGGGGCAUUUUAAGAGCCGAGUUUUUCUGGCUCUUCCCUUGAGACUGUGAAAGAGCAAGAUGAUGGUUUCAGAGGACAAUCUAGCUCAUUUUCUCUCAUAUCUCACAAGGGAUUGACUUGUAAUUCAGAAGAUGAGCAGGUGUUCUGAGAGAGAAGCCGGUGGCAUCAGCCUAUUGAAGAUGCACAAAAUGGCUUUUGUUAAUGGGUAAAAUGCAUCAAAAGCAGAUGAUGUCUACAUUAUGUCACAGUUUUACAAGGUCUUACAUUGUUGCUCAUAAUACCUGUAAAAGUGGAAGCAUCAUUCUGGUUUUAAAUCAAUAUUUGGUCAAGCUAAAAUGUGCUUUUUACAAUCUACAACGUGCAUUUUGGUCUAAAAUAAUAUAUUGUGGCUGAAUACUGUGUCAUUCCAUGUUGAACCUAAUACCAUGUGUUCAUUGUGAAAAUAAUGGUUAUCUCUACUUUAAAGAUUGUUGUUUUUUGAAUGUUUGUUAUUUGCGAGGCAACUUUUGUAAAUCUUCUAAAAGGGAUAACUUAUAAAUUUUGUAACUUAAAUUGUUAUCGCUGAUGUUUACAGAUAUGAUUCCGGUCUGUUUUAUAAUAUAAAAGUGCGCCACACUGUGGUCAGUAUUCAGUAUGUGCACCAUCAGCUCCAGGUCAACAUCUUUUUUAUUCCUCAUUCAUGAGUCUUGUACAGUCACUUAAAGUCAA